AUGCCUUUCCUGCACGGCUUCCGCAGGAUCAUCUUCGAGUAUCAGCCCCUGGUAGACGAGAUCUUGGGGCUGCUGGUGAUAGAGGAUGCGGAACAGCAGAGCACCCUUGAGAGCCCUGCCUGUCUGGGCAGUGACAGGAGCCAGCUCUCAGCUGUGAGACGAGUCUUGGAGAGGGAGACCCACUCCCCAUUUUAUCAGGAAGGUGUGAGCUAUGCCCUGCUGAAAGUCACCGAGCUGGGGCUCGUCCCUGCUGCAGAAAUCCUUCUGGAGUUCGGAGCUGACCUCAGCUUUGAAGAUCCAGUCACCUACUACACCCCCUUGCACAUCGCGGUGCUCCGCAAUCAGCCGGAUAUGGUGGAGCUCCUGGUGCGCCGUGGGGCCGACAUCAACCGCAGAGACCGGAUCCAUGAGAGCAGUCCCCUCGAUCUGGCCAGCGAGGAGCCCGAACGACUGCCGUGCCUCCAUCAGCUGGGGGCUGAUGUCAACGCAGCUGACAAAAACGGAAAGACAGCGCUGUUGCACGCCCUGGCCAGCAGUGACGGUGUCCAGAUCCACAACACUGAGAGCAUCCGUCUUCUAUUGGAAGGAGGUGCGGAUGUCAGGGCCACCACCAAAGAUGGUGACACUGUCUUCAUCUACAUCAUCUUCCUGCUAAAAAACAGCACCACCGAGGAGGCACAGGUGAUGAAUCGCUUCUGCUUUCGUGUCACACAGCUGCUGCUGGCCCACGGUGCCGACCCCAGCGAGUGCCCGGCCCCUGAGUCCCUCACCCACCUCUGCUUCAAAAGCUUCAAACACCACUUCCCGCUGCUGCGUUUCUUGCUGGAGUCAGGUGCUGCCUACAACUGCUCCCUCCAUGGCCCCUCGUGCUGGUCAGGCUUCCACAUAGUCUUUGAGUGCCUCUGUUCACACCUCAGCAUCUCUGAAGAUGACAGCUGCUCUACAGACCUCAUCCAGAAGGGUCAGACUCUGCUAGAGCUCAUGAUGGCCAGUUCACAAGCCAUCCGGCUGCCCAGCAACUUUGAGGUCAACACUAGCAGCUGUAGGUACCAUGGGGAGAAGAUCAGGACUCUCUUCUGCUCUCUGAAGCAGCUGGAACGCUCCCCGCAGGCACUGAAACAUCUCUGCAGGGUUUUUAUCCGGCAGCACCUUCAACCGUGGCCAGUAGAUGUCAAAAUCAAGGCUCUACCUCUUCCAGACAGGCUGAAGUGGUACCUCCUCAUCGACCAUGCUGCUGCCGGGCAUGAGGACCUCUGA